AACACACUAAGGGACAACCGAUUCACCGAGCGCUUUGAAUUUUUUCCUAAAGGGACACAUCAUAAAAUACAUUGAUGACAAUAACAGUGCUGGCCUUCUAACAUGGCACGGUGGCAACAUACCAGAAAACUCUGUCUUUUUGAAGCUAGGGGGUGACCAUGGGCAAGGCAAUAUGAAAUUCGCCUUUCAAUUAGCCAAUGUGGAUAAGCCAAACUCUAGCAAAAAGACAGUAGUUUUCUGUGUGUUCGAGGCAAACGACACCAGGAACAACCUGAGAGCAGCAACACAAAGAUACAAAGAACAGCUUGGAAUCAUUGCAAUGGCGGUAAGAUAAUUUGUAGUGAUAACUGUAGUUAUUUCAUAAUAAUCAUAACUCAUUACUGUUUGCUUGCUUUACAGUGACAAAAAGAUAAAAUGUUUCUCUUUGGUGACUUUGAGUUUCUCUGCAAGUCCCUAGGAAUAUCGGUGCAAGUGGUAAUAAUAAUUUUCAAAUGUUAAAUAUUAUAUAUGAAACAAACAUUAAUUUUCCACCACUCAAUUUUCAUAUGACAGGGAGACAUCCUUGCCUAUGGUGUGAAAUUGCCGCUGCUGAUAUGAAGCUCCCCCCAGAGGAACGCCCACCUGCACCCAAAAGGACCCUAGAGUCCUUUAGACACAACCUGAGGGAAUUCCGUGAGAAGGGCAAAAGCGACUUAAAGAGGGCAAAAGAAUACUGUAAUGUCAUCCAUGAGCCCUUACUUGAUAUUCCAAUAAGUCAGGUAAAAGGUUUUAGACUUCUGCUGCUGACUGAGUGUGAGGAGCUUGAUAUUAAAAUUGCAUGUAAUGCUGAUACUCAGGCUCCUGAUGCUCGGGUUAGUAGCAGCUCUGAAUUUGACAAGUAUGUACAGCAACUGAGGGAGAUAAAAAAACUUGAGAAGGAAGCUGAACGCCUCCAUCAAGAAGCCCAGCAGUUCCAGGAUUUCUUGACGUACCAGCUGUCUGUACUCGGUCUUGAUGAGAAUGCCCCACAUUUACAAAUGGUUGUCCGGCAAGCUCAGGAGAACAUGAAGAAUGCAGAGGAGAAGCCAUGGACAUGGGAAAGAUCUUCCAAGCCCUGGAGAAACAGCUUCAGGACCUUACAAUCAAGCGGCAACCCUACCCACCCUACCCAUGGAGCCUGCUUUGUAGGGAACCAUGUAAACAUUGCACUGAAGACAGAAAAUAUCGAAAAGAUCUGUAGUGUGGUAGUAAGAGAAGCAAUGGCUGUCAAAACAAAGUUCCAUGAACUCUUCACCUUUUUUGGCUCAGUCCACUUUCUAUAUAACAGCAGUACCCCAAUGAAUACAGCUCAGCUCAGAAUCCUAGAAAAUGGCAUCAAGGAAUUCGCUGCAUUUUACCAAGCCACAUUUCCAGAUGAGACCUUUCCCCCCAAGUUCCAUAUGUUAGAAGUGCAUGUAGUAGAUUUCAUCCGGGAAUGGAAGUUUCCUUUAGCCUUUUUGGGCGAGCAUGGUGGUGAAUCAAUUCAUCAUGAACUCAACCAGUUGAACCGUGAAUUCAGCUCGAUCCACCCUGUGUCGCGUCGGCAACGAAAAAUAAUAGAAGAGCAUAGCAUUAGAGUUGCACCUCUAAACCGCUCAAAAUAUCCAGAGAAAAAAAAUCGAAAACGAAGAGCUCACACCGCUACAACCCGAUUGAGCCGAGUCAGUCUCGUUUCUUAAUAAUUCGAGUCGUGUAUAAAUUGUAAAACUAUUGCAAAGCCAGGAGGACGCGGGAGCGACAAGUAUUACUCCUUCGAUGUUCAAAUAAGUAUUAAUAUUCUAUCGAAAAUAAACCAACUAAAAAACAGAA